AUGGCGUUCUUCAAUUUCAAAAUGCUCUUCUCACUUUCCUAUUGCGUUCCCUCGUUCGCACUCUACACGCUAUUGAUCAUUAUGCUGAUUCGGAGCUGGAAAGACUUUAAUUCGGGCUUUUUUCGCAUUGUCAUCGCCGAUUAUUGCUUUGUGAGUUUUCGAGGUUUCUCUUGGGACCGCGCCGAACAAAAGAAGUUUCCAGAACCUAUUUACGUUCGUCAAUUCGAUGGUGACGCUUCGACUGCCAAACGGUACCUGCAAAGAGUGUCUCCUCGACAAUUUGUUCUCGCAAUUGGGCCCGAACAACCCGUACACCGUCUCGUUUUUGUGGAUCAAUUAUUUUUUCCACUUUGGAAAUGCGUAUUUUCAAUACUCAAUGGUCACUUUGAUGUCUCUCAACAGAGCCACCUCCAUCUUUUUCUAUUUUAUCAAUGAGAAGGUGAGCAGUUUGUUCAUUCAAAAAAUUGUGUUGUUUUCAUUGCAGAUCUGGGCGUUCGCAUUGCCAAUCUCAUUGGGAAUCGUCAUUUUCAUCACCGUUUUUUUCACUCGUGAUGUUCUCGGAUCGGUGCCCUAUUUCGCUUAUUAUGAGUCUUUGGACAUGUAUUCGAUCACAUCCAACACGGUAUUUUUUCAAUAAAAGUCCCGCCGCGCUCUGUUCGAAACCUAAUUUCUAGGCCGCGAAGUGAUUUUCCACUGAAAAUGUGGCCUAACUUUUCAAACUCGGCUCAACAGAGCGCAAUUGCAGUCAAAUAACGACAUAAUAUUUUUUCCUCUCAAGUUUCCAGACCCCUUUUUUUUGCAGAACAUAUUGUCGGCCUACUACAACGUCAUCUACUUCAUGGCGUUCGCCGUGUCGGCCUCCGUCUUGCUCAACGUCAUUUCGGUGAUUCGUCUGAAAACAAUUCAGAAUAAAAUAUCGACAGUCGAGAGAAACCUACUAGUGGCCACCAUUUUCUCGUCGAUUAUUCAAUGCUUUGCCGCCAUGAAUACGGUAGAUUGUUCUAACGUUUUUUUUUCAAUUUAACCAUUUUUAAGUUCAUCCUUCAAAUCGAUCUGAAAAAGACGACAAUUUGGGGUCAGGCCGCCCAAGUUUUACUCCCGUUUUCCAGCGAUUUUCUGACAAUCGCACAGCCGUACAUUUUGAUUUUUUUGAGCUCAAAGGUGAGUUUUUGAAUAUGGAAAAGUUAUUAAACGUGUCGUGUCGUUUUCAAAGUCCCAAAUUCUGAUAAAAUGUCUCCGAAUUUUGCAAAAAAAAAAAAAGAGACUACGAGAAGCGCACACGGUUAUCGAUUUUUCGUGCGGCACUCGGACACGGCGUGCUGAAGCGUAUGUGCGAGAAUAAGAAUCAUGAGUGUUGCUCCGACGGCACGCAUCAAAAAAAGGCUUGGGGGAGCGUGCCGCCGACCGGCGAAACGAGCAGCCGACAGUUCACGGGCCUAACUUUCUCCCUCUCCUCACCGCGUCCCUCGCGAUACGCUUCAGCUCGCCGUGUCGGAUUACGACAUUUUCGUGUCGUUUUUCAUCGAGGACGCCGUGUGAAAAAUGUUGUAGACGUCUAUAAAGUAUCGUUUAGGUCCGUGAAAAAUUUCUGCAAAUGUACUGGAAAACCGGCACAAAAGUCAACCAAAUGGGCUUCACAAAGACGAAUGGUAGGAAGGAAACAGUUCAAUUGUCUUUAUUUUCAAAUAAUAUUUUUGAGGUGCUGCCAACUCGACAUCGAAUUCUCAAGUUACUCGAUUCUAA